AUGGGUUGUAUAUGUGGACGACAAAGUGUAGUUAUACAAGGACAAAAAUUUCAUCUCAUACGACAAAUUGGCGAAGGAAGUUUCAGUUAUGUUUUUGAAGCUCGUGAUACAGCUGAUAAUCAUCUGUAUGCUAUUAAGAAAAUGUCAUGUCAUACAAACGAAGAAGAAAAACGUGCAAAAGAUGAAAUAGAAAAUUAUCAAAGAUUUUCACAUCCAAAUUUAGUUUCAUUACUUUAUCAUGAACAAAUGCAAUAUAAUCCAACUUCACAUAAUGGUUCACUUCAAGAUGCUUUUAAUAAACAAAUAAAAUUUACUACUCGUAUAUUACUUGAUUUAUUUUUAAGUGUAUGUGAAGGAGUUCGUCAAAUUCAUGAAAAACGAAUGGCUCAUAGAGAUUUGAAACCAAGUAAUAUUAUGUUAUUAAAUAAUUCUCAUGGUGUUAUAUUAGAUUUCGGUUCAAUGACACCGGCAUCAAUUUUAAUGACUACUAGAUCAGAAGCACAACAAUGGCAGGAUUGGGCAGAAGAAAAUUGUUGUGUACAAUAUCGUGCACCGGAAUUAUUUCAUAUUGAAACAAAUUCUUUAAUUACUGAAAAGACUGAUAUUUUUUCUCUUGGUGGAAUUCUUUAUGCAUGUUGUUUUGGUAAAGGUCCAUUCGAUGAUGUUUAUUCAAGAGGAGAUAGUGUUGCUUUAGCAGCUGCAAGUGGUCGUAUUGAAUUACCAGUUCAAUCGACAACUUAUCCAUCUAGUAUAAUUGAUAUAAUGCUUGCAAUGCUUCAAACAGAACCUAAUCGACGGCCAUCAAUUACUGAAAUUAUUGAAAAUAUUUCUAAUGCAUCUCGUUUAGUUAUGAAUAUUGUUUAA